AUGUUAUUCACAAUUAGCCAAAUCCCAGGAACUUCUACAGAUGUUACUCAGUCAAGAUUGGACAAACAGUGCGAUACUUCUCCAUUCCCAAAUGGUAUAAGUAGAAGUCGCAGUACUGCUAGUAGUACUUAUGCUGAUUCUACUAGCUCUGGAAUUGAUUCUCGAGAUAGCUACCAGCAACAGGAGGAAUCUGGAAGUCUCCUAAGUUACGUAGCAGUUGCUUCAUCUUCUGACAGCAAUCACUAUUUACCAGAAAUUACUUGUCUAAGCGACAGUGAUUAUGACCUUGUUAAUAUUGAUUUCUAUCCGCGCAGACAAUAUUUUCCAUCUUCAAAGCAGAUCCCAAAAUACUCGGUACAACCAAGCAGAUUACAAUCACAUGCUUCUUCAGACUUUCUAAUUGCAGCAUAUUCAUCAUGUUAUCCUUCUGCUUUGAAAUUAUGUAAUCUACGCAGAGCAUAUUUGGCGAGAAAAGAGAAAAGUUCGUCAGCUGUAAAUCUCAAUAUUAUCAAUCCUGCUUCUACCUGGUUUAGUGUUUAUCAAUCCCCUAAUUGCGUUUUGAUACCAUUAAAAGAGAUUGAAACUUAUAUUCAUUGUUUGGAAAGUUUUUCUACACAGCUGGUACACUCACAAACAACUUCUAUACAAGUUCAUCCAGUAUCUGAAUUUGAAGCAACUCGUUUCACCUCAGAUUUGUCAUCUCUUCCUACAAACACAAAGAAUAUCACAUCUGAAGUGCUAAGAGCAUGUGAUAGUAUUCGAACAAGUGGUGAGAAUGUUAGCAGUGUUUCACUGGAGACCGAUUCCAGAACAUCUAAUAUUCCAGAAAGUGCUAAUAACGAAAAUGACCAUCCGACAUUGUCAACGGAUAAGCCAAAAAAGCUAGUGCAAGACCAUUUUUUGGAUGAGGACUCGUUGCUAGAAAAUUUACCCAAGUUUGAAUACUCCAGUGCAAGCGGUUUGCCAUGUGGAUUAACAGGCAACAUAAAUUGGCUGCAGUCAAAAUCGCCAAAUGCGAAAUCAGAUUUUAAUAUUUGUGGCAGUGAUGGAUGUGUCUCAAAGCAGAGGAAACACGUCCUGCAGGCGAGAAACAUCCAUCGAAGUAGCGUUAUCUCAAGCCGUGCCAAUGAAGGAAGGUCUGGAAGUAAGUCAGGAGGCUUACCUCCGAUGCCUCCAUAUCAUCAGUUGAACAACAAUAAUUGGCGCAGACAGUCACAAAAUGGUCCUCUAUCCAAAAAUUACUCCACACGUCCUUUCUCAACCAGUGAUGGUUUUAUUCGUAAUAGAGAGCGAAAUAGUUAUGACAAAUUCUGUAUGAGUAACAUGGAUCGCAACCGUGAUCGUUCUCAAUGUAACAGUUCUGACAAAAGUUUCGCUUCAAGAAUGAACAACGUCUACAGAUCUGCGAAUAGAUCGUCAUUUAUUUCACAUGACAAGAAUGGUUUAACUUAUCAUGAUGUGAACACGGAAAAUUCGUUCAGUUUGCUAGCAACUGAGGACAGAAGAGGUCGUGGAAUUGCAGCUUCUGAUUGUCCGUUACAUCGUAAUAUGAAGCGUAAUGGGUCAAACAAGUCUCGUAAUUCUCCACCAGUGUAUCUAGCUUUAAAAAGUCAUCGUGAAUUUGAUAUUGAUAGCAAUGAAGUAGAAACAGUUGGUAGUGCGUUAAAAGUGGAAAGACUUGAGCGACAUCAUAGUCCGAAACGAAAUAUUGAAAAAAUGCAAAGAACAACACAAGAUAUUGAACAGCUAACAGGAUUAUUUUGCGAACGUGUUGCUGUUUGUGGAGGAGGGGAAGUUAGCUACCAAAGUGACUCAUCACCAGCAACAGCAGGUUUCUGCGAUCGUGUUUUUGUUAACGAUAAAAAGAUCGCUGAAAGAUCGGUUUCAUUAGCUGGUGGCAUAACGGAGGAGCUACCACAACAAGACAAAGCACAAACUGCCGAUGUCGAACUGGAUUUUUCGGCACAAAGACCACUAGAAUCACAUAUUGUCGAUAAUGAAGGUUUUGAAUUGUCAAAAUUGGAUGUUCUCAGUGAGGAAAUUUGGUAUUAUCACAAAGCGAUCACACAAACGGAAAGCGUUCUGAAUCGCAAGCUUCAUCUUCGAGAUGUCCUUUACUAUGCUAUUUCGCCUGUUUUCCCGAUGUGUGGUCUCUACGUGGUUGGUUCAUCUUUGAAUGGUUUUGGCACGAACAGCUCUGAUAUGGAUUUGUGUUUGAUGAUAACGAAUAAAGAUUUAGAUCAACGAACAGAUGCAGUGGUGGUUCUAAAUAUGAUCCAGAGUGCUUUAGCUGAAACGAAAUGGGUUUCACACAUGCAACUUAUUCUUGCUAAAGUGCCCAUCUUGCGUAUACGCUUCUAUGAACCCUUCACGGAUAUCACUGUUGAUUUGAAUGCCAAUAAUUCGGUUGCUAUACGCAAUACGCAUCUGCUUUGUUAUUAUUCCUCAUUUGAUUGGAGAGUUCGGCCAUUGGUGAGUGUUGUCAAAGAAUGGGCAAAGCGAAGAGAUAUCAAUGAUGCGAAUCGUUCCUCCUUUACAUCAUAUUCGCUUGUUUUAAUGGUUAUUCAUUAUUUGCAAUGUGGCUUGAAGCAGCCAAUUUUACCAUCGCUGCAGGUAGUGUAUCCAAAGCGAUUUAGUGCAAGUGCUGAUGUACGCUCGCUUAAUGUUUCAAGUCAUCUAGAACCACCGCCUGGAUGGGUGACCAAUGAAACGAUAACUCUUGGCGAAUUACUUAUUGGUUUUCUCGAAUAUUAUGCGUUCAAAUUUGAUUACUUGAAAGAUGCGAUAUCAGUACGUUUGGGUAGCAAAACAGAACGUACGGUGGUCGCACGACAGCCUUCACCUUAUAAUAGUAAUAUUGCUCAGUGGAAUUGCAUUUGCAUUGAAGAGCCGUUCACUUUGUCAAAUACUGCUCACUCUGUCCAUAAUCAGAUGGUUUUUGAUGCAAUCCGUCAGGCAUUUGUUGAUGGUUGUUGUGAACUGGAUAGUAAUCGUGAUCUGAGAGCAUUCUUGGAUGUUGGACCAAUUAAUGUCAGCAUUGGAUCAUCAGUGGGCUCAAGUGCACAGCUAAGCAUCCUAGCACAGUCAGAAGUGGGUUCACCAACGACGGCGGAUUCUGGUGAUGUGACUUUAACAAGCAAACCUCUAUUGACAGUUUCACCGCAAUCAAACAAGUUAGGAUACCACUUAAUAGGAAGAGAUGAAUCGCUACCGCUUGAUGCAGAAUCUGAAAUGGAAUUAGAAACGGCUGUUACUAUUUCAUUGGACGAGCGGAUUUGCGUAGAACAAGACAUGAGCCAGAAAAAUGCACCAGAGAUUUGUGAGAAUGAAGUAACAGAUGUAGCUAGAAAUGAGGGAACUCCAAAAAGUACUAAUGAUUUCACAGAAAAUGUAUUAUCAUCAGGAGCAGGACUUGAUACUACAUCAUCUAUAUUUGUUGAUGGUCCUCCAGCAAAUAGCGAGCAGAUUUCUAAAGCCGUACUCUCUGAAUGUCAACCAAAACAACUGCAGGUGGAAUCUCAUAAUGAAAAAUUGCACGUUGAUUCAGCACUAUCAUUUGAAGCCCUUACUAAGCAGAAGAGUGCAGUGGAACAACAGCAAUUUGCAGGUAAAGUAAUUGUUCAACGACGUCGUAAGACCAGUCGUCGUAUGCACGGUUCAAUGGGAUGUGCAGGUCGGAAUCGUUUGAAUAAAUCGAGUUUAGGACAACCAGUAGUGCGAAUGAGUUAUCGUUCUGGUACUGCUUCAUCUUGA